UCAAUCCUCAAAAAACAACCAAAAGGCUUUAUAAGUGUCCUUGCAAAAGUGUUCACCCCCCCUUUUGUUUACGUUUUUUUUUUAACAUUUUGUCAGCCUUAUGAUAUAAAUGAUUUUUUUUUUCAGUCUCAAUACCCCAUAAUAACUAAGGAAAAUCCAAAUUUGAAACUAUUUAAAAUAAAAAGCAUAAGUUUUCAGCAUACUAAAAGGGGUGUGAAUACUUUCGCAAUGCACUCUGUAACUCCAUGUUCCCUUUCGGUCGAGGACGCCAGACGUAGUUGACGUCGACUGAAAUGGGAUCACGCCAAUCUUCUUCAAGUAUCAUUAGGACGAGCCAAUGCACUGCGGCGCGGGUAUAAAUACGCAAGUAGAUGUGCGCAGCAGUUGCCUUUCGCUUCGGAGCCGAGCUUCAUGUUCAGGUCUUCUGAAGAGUGUUAUACAGCGAGCGAGUGUGUCGGUGCUUCUCCUGGAAGUCUAGUGUUAUUCCGCCCGUUAGUGAUGCGCGGGUCGACUUGUAACCCGCGGACCCCGCGGGUCGGGUUGGGGCGGGUAAAGAAAUUGUCACUUUAUUUGCGGGGCGGGUCAUUAAGUUGUUUUAUUUUUUAUUUUUUAUCCAUGUAUGUUGCUUGCAAUUUCCAGCCUAUAUUAAAUAUUUGGGAAUAUCUAUUUUCAUAUUUUAUAAGGUUACAAUACGAUUGCCGUAGCAACGUAACUUGCGUGAGGUUCCCAAACCUUUGGUGUCACGUGACACGUCAUGAAAGCGCUGCGACAGUGUAAUGAACAGGCUGGUAUUAAAGUAUUCACUGUAAAUCUUCCCCUCCGCUACAGUUCUGGUUCAAAUGUCACAUGACCGUUCAUUCUGGUAUUUGAAUGUGCAUGGACACAAAUGGGGUUUAAGAGCAUUUUGAGGAGAAGAUGUGUUUGGGAGGUGAUCGCUCACAUGAGCAAGAGGAUAUUCGUGCGCUGUGUGUGUUUGUAAGUUGGUGUGAAUGGAAGAUUAUUGACUUCUGCUGAUGAUCGGGGUGUGUGAAACGGCACCAGGGUGUUCGGAGACUUUGAGUGGCUCGAAUGCUGAACGUCAGAUCACACCUACCUGAGAGAGAGAGAGAGAGAGAGAGAAGAGAUGGACACGAGAGAAUCCUGCAGACACAACCGAAACCAAAGUCUCAACACAACCACUGCUGGAGAACAUCACAUUUGUGAUCUCACAGACGGCGCUUCGUUCUACGAUGAGUUGGAUCAUGGGACUGCUUAGGACUUUUUGCCGAAGGAGUUGUAAGUCUGUCGCUCCUCGUUCAUGUCGUACUUUGAUGUUCGAAGAGGCUUUUUUCUGCCACACGUGUUACACAAGAGUGUUUUCCCAGCGAUGCCAUAGGAUAACUAUUUUGGGAACUGUUCAGUAAACCCUUCUGAAGAAAACCAUCAAUUUAAUAACCUUUUUUUUUUUACUUUAAAGUUCCUUUUGUGCAAUGGAAUGCAACAGUGUUCAGAUGCCAUUGAAGAACUUUUAUUUUUAAGUGCAAACAACAGCUCAGUUUUGUAGGAAACUUUCAAACUCAUUUUCCGAAUAAUGAGUAACAGCAGUGCUGUGGCGGCGGGAGGCGCGGGAGUAGUUUGGGUCACUCCGCUUCUGGGCGCCACCCUGAUCACCAUGUGUGUUCUGGGCGUGACGGGUAACCUGUACACCCUUGCCAUCAUGCGUUCGGCUACGCUUCGGCGCGCCGGAUCCUUAUACGUCUUCAUCCUCAAUCUAGCGGCGGCUGAUCUACUCUAUCUGGGAACCAUCCCAUUCGUCGUCUGCACGUAUUUCGCCCACGAUUGGUUCUUCGGGGAAAUGGGCUGCCGGUUGCUAUUGAGUCUGGAUCUGCUCACCAUGCACGCGAGUGUGUUUGUGUUGGCAGCGAUGAGUUUGGAGCGCUACCGUGCCGUCGCCACACCUUUCCGCGCACGGCGCUCGACCACCCGCGGACACUGGCUAAUGGUGUUGGGAAUCUGGGCAGUCGCGUUUGUGCUAACGCUCCCGAUGAUGGUGAUGAUCCGACUCCGAGAGGGACGUCCUCCAACAGUGGGGCUUGUUAAACGCAUUUGCUUCCCGACAUGGACGCCUGAGGCGUUUAAGGCGUAUCUCACCGCGCUCUUCGUCACUAGCAUGCUCCUGCCCGGCCUGCUGAUGGUCGGACUCUACGCAGGUCUCGCCCGCCGGUACUGGGCCGCUCAAGCCAACCUGACCCGCGGAUCCUCGACAUCCAUCCGCCGGCGCAGACUGAAACACAAAGUGGUGGGAAUGAUCUUCUGCAUUGUUUUGGCGUACUGGGCGUGUUUUCUGCCGUUCUGGGGCUGGCAGAUGGCCAAGCUCUUCUCGUCCGAGUCGCUCCGCUCGCUGUCGCCCGCCGCUCACACCUACGUCAACUUCUUCGUCACCUGCCUUACGUACGGAAACAGCUGCGUCAACCCGCUGCUUUACACGCUACUGACACGCAACUACCGUGACUACCUGGCCCAGAGAGGUCAGUCCUCGGGGUCGAGUCGCGGGGACCAGGGUUCGGCCGCAGGGAUCAACGCGCUUCAGGAUCAGAUAGGAUGACUUCUGUUGUGAGAGUGUAACGUGAAUUUAGAAAUCAGUGGAUAUCAGCUGUUUUUGUUUGUUCUAUUUUUACCCUUGAUUACUAAAAUGUUCAAAAGUAACAAAAAUGUAUAAUCUCUGCACGUAACAAAAUUGCAAAACUAAACAAGUGGUGCUUACUGCAGAGCCAGAUGACGUCCAGCUCACCCUCUCUGGACGCAAUCGGUGGAUCUAACCUAACCUGUAUCCAGAGAGGGGGAGCUCGAUGUUAAGCUCCACCCAUUACAUCCAGAGAGGAGAAGUUUGACAUCAAGCUCCACCCAUUACACUAAGAGAGGAGGAAUUUGAUGUCAAGCUCCACCCAUUGCGUUCAGAGAGGAGGAGCUUGACGUCAAGCUCCACCCAUUACACUAAGAGAGGAGGAGUUUGAUGUCAAGCUCCACCCAUUGCGUUCAGAGAGGAAGAGCUCGACGUUAAGCUACAGCCAUUGCAUCCAGAGAGGAGGAGCUUGAUUACGUUCAGAGAGGAGGGGUUUGACAUCAAGCUCCACCCAUUACACUAAGAGAGGAGGAGUUUGACAUCAAGCUCCACCCAUUGCGUUCAGAGAGGAGGAGCUUGACGUUAAGCUACAGCCAUUACAUCCAGAGAGGAGGAGCUUGACGUCAAGCUCCACCCAUUACAUUCAGAGAGGAGGAGUUUGACAUCAAGCUCCACCCAUUGCGUUCAAAGAGGAGGAGCUCGAUGUUAAGCUCCAGCCAUUGCAUCCAGAGAGGAGGAGCUUGAUUACGUUCAGAGAGGAGGGGUUUGACAUCAAGCUCCACCCAUUACACUAAGAGAGGAGGAGUUUGACAUCAAGCUCCACCCAUUGCGUUCAGAGAGGAGGAGUUUGACAUCAAGCUCCACCCAUUGCAUCCAGAGAGGAGGAGCUUGAUUACUUUCAGAGAGGAGGGGUUUGACAUCAAGCUCCACCCAUUGCGCUCAGAGAGGAGGGGUUUGACGUCAAGCUCCAGCCAUUGGCUCUGCAGUGAACAGCCUCUCGAAAUAAUAGCUGUGUUCGACUUUAAGCGGCGCUGCACAGACCAAUCAUUGUUUGAUAUGAAAGUACUGUGAGAGCGAUUAGAAAGCAGACGCUCCGAACACACAUAUUGACUGUUUCCCAACAGGUUUCUCAAACACUUCCUUCGUCUGUCAUUGGUCAGAUCAUGGGAUUGGUUGAGUCAGGAGUUGACAGGCUACUCUAACAAACAUAUCAAUGUUCUGAAAGUGUCACAGUAUUUCACUCCUCAAGAAGAUGAACCUACCGAUGGAUUAUGGUGACUAAUAUAGAUAUUUUUAUUUGGGUCUUAAUAUUCAUUCAAGUUUUUCAUAGCGCUUUUCACAAUAUGCAGCGUUUAAAAGCAGCUUUACAGAAAAUGAUUGAGUCCACAUUACAGUUUACAGUGAUCUGUUAUCGGAGGACACUGAGUUAUGUAUUCCAGAAAUGUAUCA